ACAAAAAUGUUGGGUCAUACUUGUGUGUGGUGCCAUGUGAAGCCAUAGAGAUAGAUACCUUCAGAGCUUCAUUUUCUAGGUGGGAUAUGGACUUUUACUCGUAAACCCUCCUUUCUUGACCUCUAAAGUCCUGUUCUUUAAUACUACUUGAAACAAUACGGUACCUUAAAAACCUUUGUUCAAGUGUUAAUAAUCUUCCAAAUCAAGUGUUAGGAUUUAUUUUGCGAAGUGAUAAACAAUACGGUUAUUUGCCAGUGCUUGUCUAACCUUGGUUAUUUGCUAGUGCUUUUCUUCUUGUCCUGGUAAUUCUGUCAGGAGAAGAAGAAAGAAAGAAUGGGGACUGUUUCACAGGAUGCAAUCAACCAGUUUAAGGCAUUGAUGGAUCAAGUUGAGGAGCCAUUGAAGAGAACUUAUCAGACUGUCCAUCAAGGAUAUCAAGCUGAAACGCUGGCGCGUUUUCUAAAAGCUAGAGAAUGGAAUGUUACCAAAGCCCAUAAAAUGUUACUGGAUUGUUUGAACUGGAGGGUACACAAUGAGAUCGACAAUAUAUUAAUGAAACCCAUAGUUCCAACUGAUUUGUACAGAGCAGUGCGUGAUUCCCAUCUCAUAGGAAUGUCAGGUUACUCCCGAGAGGGGCUUCCUGUAUUUGCUCAUGGUGUUGGGCUCAGCACAUAUGACAAAGCAUCUGUCCACUACUAUAUGCAGUCUCACAUUCAAAUCAAUGAAUAUCGGGACCGCAUUGUUUUGCCUACCGCAUCAAAAAAGUAUGGGCGACCAAUAACAACCGGCGUAAAGGUUUUGGAUAUGUCUGGCCUAAAGCUUUCAGCACUGAACCAAAUAAAGAUGGUGACCCUCAUUUCAACUAUUGAUGACUUGAACUACCCAGAGAAAACACAUACAUAUUACAUUGUAAAUGCCCCAUAUGUAUUUUCAGCUUGUUGGAAGGUUGUCAAGCCUCUGCUGCAGGAGAGGACAAGAAAAAAAAUUCAGGUGUUGUCUGGAAACGGGAGAGAUGAGCUGUUGAAGAUAAUGGAUUAUGCAUCUCUUCCACAUUUCUGUAAAAGAGAAGGGUCUGGAUCAUCUCGACAUUCUGGGUAUGCAAAUGACAACUGCUUUUCCUUGGAUCAUCCCUUUCAUCAACAGCUAUACAACUACGUCAAGCAGAAAUCUUUAGAGAGUGAACCUUCUCAACCAAUCAAACAAGGGUCUUUCCACGUGGAUCUGCCUGAACCAGCUGUCGAAGGAAUGGAGAUAGCUAAAACAAUUGAAUCCCAGAUGCAUAAUUUUGAGAAAAGGAAUGGGGUUUCUGGGCCCCUGAAUGGCCUCAAAAUCAAUGACGACUCUGACCACAGAACUACGCAUUGCCCGUGAUUUAAGCAGAGGAUCUUAACUCUUGAUGCCUGAGGACUUUGUUACAAGUAUACAAUAGAAAUGCAUGUAAUAGUAGUCGACCAUGUUACCUUUACAUGGCAGGGGAAAACUUAAAGCUAUGCAUGUAAUCUGAUAUUCUGGCUGGGUGAUCGGUAUAAAGCUCGGCCCCAGCCUGACAUGGUGUAGGAAUGCAGUGGAGAAUUGUAAUUUUUAGCUUGUAAGUCUUACAUUGAUAAUAGUCAUAGAGAGAAACAUGUUGAAUCUAAA